UCGAAGUGGAUUUCUCCAGGCGUACACUCCUUGUUUUCUGUAUCCCAACUAGCAUUUCUGUUCAUACGCCUGUUCAGAAAUGUUACGGUUAAAACAACCAUCGCUCGUAGCUGUCAAUGACGGCUCUUAGCGUUUUACAACGCGGGGGAACUGAAAACCAGCGUUUCUGCCAGCUAAGCUAACGUAACUGCAACCGUUAGCAGAACUAUUCCUACUCCUCUGUCGAGCUAGCUGUGGAUUAGCACUUUAGCCUAGCUUGCUAACCAAGCACAUCUGAGAAAGGGAACAGAUGAUGUGAAAUAAAAGAGCGCCGUUGGGAGCCAUUACCGAUUCUGGCUGACACCCAGUGAACAUAAGACAUCUUCCUACAGAUCCAGACAGCAUUCCUGUCUGUUGCUCAUCCAGCACCUGAACCAUGUGAGGACCCCUCGGUCUGAUCUGAGGGGAUCCCUGGACUGUUGAAACAAGGACCCCGCUGUGCGGGGAAGGACUCAUCCUGUCUCUGUGUGACAGAGCAGCAAAACUACCAACUCCCCAUCUAAACAUUCCCAUUUUCCCUACCAAGGGGACACGCCAUGAUGUUCCGAGAUCAGGUGGGUAUCCUCACAGAUUGGUUCAAAGGCUGGAAUGAGUGUGAACAGACGGUGGCACUCUUGUCACUUCUGAAGAGGGUGUCCCGCACCCAGGCUCGUUUUCUCCACAUCUGCCUUGAACAUUGGCUGGCAGACUGCACUGAGAUCCACAUCCUUGAAGCUGAGGCCAACAAUGCAGCAACUGUCAGCCAGUGGCAUCAGGAGCCAAAGGAAAAGGUGGUUUCCUUGCUGUUGUCCCACUUGCCCCUGCUGCAGCCACGUAACUGUGAGGCCAAAUGUGAGUACAUGAAGCUGCUGCAGAAGGUGUUAACCCACACGAUUGAGAGUAGCCUUUUUGUGGAAGAAAGCAGGCAACUGCUCUCCUAUGCACUCAUCCACCCUGCCACCACCCUGGAUGAUCGCACCUCACUUGCCUCCUGGCUAAAUCACCUGGAGGAACACCUCUCUAGCGGUUAUGCAUCUCGGGCACCUCCGAGCCCUUACCACCCACGCCAGGGCUCAGAUGAAUGGCCCAGCUCUGCUGAGGUUCUUGACCCAGGCAAUGCAUGGUCAGACAAGUCCCCUUCAUCUAGCACAUCUCCUGCCGGCCAGAAUGGACACAUGCCUUUUCCAGGCGGGAUGUCCUCUCCAGUUAACAGCAAUAACACAGGUAUGGUUGGGCAAAUCCAGCCAAGCCCUCUGAAGAAGCCCAUGCAGGGGAUUCCCUCUAACUCCCAGGCUUGUGGUUCAGAGUGGGGCAGCCAGGAUGACACAGGGGGGCGGCAGAACUUCAUCUCCACAGAUCAUGCACCCCUUUCACCUCAGAGCAGCAUAGCAUCUUCAGGCAGUGAGCAGACAGAAGAGCAGGGCUCCGCUCGCAACACUUUCCUGGAGGAUGGCAGCGGCAUGAAAGAUGUUCCUGCGUGGUUAAAGAGCCUCCGUCUUCAUAAAUAUGCAUCCCUAUUCUCUCAGAUGACCUAUGAGGAGAUGAUGAUACUCACGGAGCAACAUCUAGAAUCUCAGAAUGUCACUAAAGGAGCCCGACACAAGAUUGCGUUGAGUAUCCAAAAGCUGCGAGAGAGACAAGGUGUUCUCAAGUCUUUAGAAAAGGAUAUUUUGGAGGGGGGGAACCUGCGAAAUGCCCUCCAGGAGCUUCAGCAGAUCAUCAUUACACCCAUCAAGGCCUACAGUCCACCCAGCGCUGCACAAGCUGUCUCAGAUGCCUCCAAUUCCUCCACAGAAGGCACAAAAACAGAAGCAGAUAAAGAGCCAACAUCGGAGGAUUUUCAGUCCCACAACCAACCCCCCUGUGACGGAGACUCUGCAGUCACACCUGUUUCAGAUGGGGACAUUGCAGGACAGUUUACACGCGUCAUGGGAAAAGUAUGCACCCAGCUGCUGGUUUCAAGGCCAGAUGAGGAAAACAUUAGUUGUUACCUUCAACUUAUUGAAAAAUGUCUCGCACACGAGGCAUUCACAGAAACUCACAAGAAAAGGCUGGUCACCUGGAAGCAACAGGUUCUUAAGCUGCUGCGCCUCUUCCCUCGGAAAACUAUGCCUGACAUGUCGGCUUACCGACAGAAAGGCUGGAACUAUGGGUCAAACUCCCUCCCCACAGCAGGCUCUGUGAGUGGAGGUGUAAGCCGAAGGGGCCAGAGGCAGUUCCAGAUGACCCCUCGAGGACUCCCAGCUGGGCGCAUGUGUCUUCCUGGUGGGAUCGGUGGAGCAUCUCCACGCCACACGCUCACUAAUCCUGCAUUAGCAGGACAGGGUAGACAAAGCCUGUGGUUUGCCAACCCUGGGGGCAGUAACAGUAUGCCAAGUCAGAGUCGCAGCUCUGUGCAGCGGACCCAUUCGCUGCCUGUUCACACUUCUCCACAAACCAUGCUGAUGUUCCAGCAGCAAGAAUGCCAAGUUCCAGGUUCUGACCUGGAGAUCAACCCCACGCUGGAGUCACUGUGCCUCAGUAUGACGGAGCAUGCCUUAGGGGAUGGAACUGACCGGACAUCAACAAUAUGAAAAAAAGGAAAUAGACUCUUCAUUUGAGGCCUGCUCAGUUCAGCACAAAGAUAGAUGUAUGCUCCAAAAGCCCAGGCAACGCAGUCACUACAAUAUGACAAAAAACUGUGUAUAUGUUCUCUAAUAUUUUUGUACUUUAUUAUAUACAACUAAGUUUAUUAAAAUGGAGUACAGAUGACUAUUAUAUUGUAGAACAGAGGUUAACUGUGUCAGCUGUGCCAUGCCACCUGCAGCAGGACUGUGGCAUGGUGUGCAGCGGUUCAGUUUACCAUGAUAUAAAAAAAAGAAGUGGAUUGGUGCUGUCAUAAAGGGUUCUGCCCUGAAUUUGCUCUUCUUCUCUUGCUACCUUUGAUCAAGGUUUUCUAUCUACAACACACUGACAACCCCUUCACCACACACUCUAGGUUCUGAAAAUGUCCAGCCACAAGUAAGGCACUUUUAUUGACUUUGAUAUUAGGCACUAAAUGUAACUGGCCCUGGUGGUAAAAACUCUGAGGUUUUCCCUGGACAUCGGUAAUAACCUGAUUCCAUAGGAUGCUCUAGUCAGGGCUUUGAAUUAAGGCAGAUGUUUACUUUAGUUCACUCUAAUGUUUUUCUUUUUUGAAAAAAGAAAAGAGAGGACCAAAAGAAAUCAGAAAUAGUUUGUAUUUAAACUUUUGGACAUACCCUUUUUUUCCCUUUGUUGUUUUACUUUGACAUUUAAAGUUAAAGUGAUUGUCCUCUAAGCAUCUACAAAACCAAAGACAAGGGUUGUUUGUUUGUUGCUUCGAGAAAGAUAUUUGUAGUGAGUUGGAGCAGAAUAAAAAAAAAACAAAAAAAUGCAGUGCGAAACAUUAUUGCCAGCGCAAAUUUGUCUCUUAUUUUAAUGUCCUCCUUAUUAAAUGAUGAUGAAUCUCAUUUUUGGUCAGGGACUCCCCCUAGGGGGCGGGGGGGUUAGUAAGAGCUAGUGAGGUUUGUUCUGUGCAGGAGCUAAUUAGAUAUUGAAUUGAUAAAAGCACUGAGGCCAUAUUGUUUUCAAAUAACCACCAUAAUGCUGGCCAGAGCUAGAUAAAUGAGAAAGGUCUCAGCCCUCUGGUUCUUUAGCUUUGGCUUU